AUGACCCCGCAAGGCGCCGCCAUCUCCUCCCUGCCCGUCCGUCAACAGCUCCGCCAGGGCUUCCGCGAUAUGUACCGCUCGUCCCUCUCCUCCGGACGCAACUUCGGCCUCGUCGGCGCUAUAUUUUCUGGUACUGAGUGCUGUAUUGAGGGGUUCCGUGCUAAGAACGAUCUAUACAAUGGCGUUGCGGCUGGGUGCCUGACUGGAGGCGCGUUGGCGGCUAAGGCUGGACCGCAGGCUGCUGCGGUGGGUUGUGCGGGCUUCGCGGCAUUCAGUGCGGCGAUCGAUUACUAUAUGAGGCUGCCCGCGGAUGAAACCAGGAAGCCGGUCAUAUAA